AUGGCGGACGACGCGUUCGACCUCCCCAGCGCCGGCGAGGAGGAGGAGGAGGAGGAGGUGAUGGGAGGCCUGGAGGGGGACGAGGCCAUGAAGGACCUCGACGCCGGGGUGGACGCCGAUGAGGACUAUUUCCCGCUGACGAUGAAGGCUGGGGAGGAGAAGGAGAUCGGGAAGGAGGGGCUCAAGAAGAAGCUCGUCAAGGAGGGCGAGGGGUGGGAUCGCCCCGAGACCGGCGACGAGGUCGAAGUGCAUUACACUGGCACUCUUUUGGACGGAACAAAGUUCGAUUCGAGCCGUGACCGUGGAACCCCGUUCAAAUUCAAACUUGGACAAGGGCAAGUGAUUAAGGGAUGGGACCUGGGCAUCAAGACCAUGAAGAAGGGUGAGAACGCAAUCUUUACUAUUCCGCCGGGGCUCGCCUACGGCGAGACGGGUUCGCCGCCCACCAUCCCGCCCAAUGCCACACUCCAGUUUGACGUUGAGCUCCUGUCAUGGGCCAGCGUCAAGGAUAUAUGCAAGGACGGUGGAAUCUUUAAGAAGAUCCUCGUUGAAGGCGAGAAGUGGGAGAACCCCAAGGACCUUGACGAAGUUUUUGUCAAGUACGAGGCAAGACUCGAGGAUGGAACUGUUGUGUCCAAGUCUGAUGGUGUUGAGUUUGCCAUCAAAGAUGGUUACUUCUGCCUGGCGCUUUGCAAGGCUGUGAAGACCAUGAAGAAGGGCGAAAAGGUUCUCCUCACUGUCAAGCCACAAUAUGGCUUCGGGGAACAAGGAAAACCAGCUUCUGGAGAUGAAGGAGCAGUGCCCCCCAAUGCGAUAAUGCAUAUAGACCUUGAGCUGGUCUCUUGGAAGACUGUGACGCUUAUUGGAGACCGCAAGAGGAUCUUGAAGAAGGUUCUUAAGGAAGGCGAAGGUUACGAGCGCCCUAAUGAUGGAGCAGUAGUGAGAGUGAGGCUUAUUGGCAAAUUGGAGGAUGGUACUGUCUUUGUAAAGAAAGGGCAUGACGGUGAAGAGCCUUUUGAGUUCAAGACCGAUGAGGAGCAGGUUAUUGAAGGGCUUGACAUAACGGUGGUUAAUAUGAAGAAAGGAGAGGUUGCGUUGGUCAGAGUACCACCUGAACAUGCAUUUGGAUCUGUUGAAACAAAGCUAGAUCUUGCUAUUGUUCCACCUAAUUCUACUGUCUUUUAUGAAGUGGAGCUUGUUUCCUUUGAGAAGGAGAAAGAAUCUUGGGACUUGAAGACCAAUACUGAGAAGAUUGAAGCAUCUGCAAAGAAGAAAGAUGAAGGGAAUGUGUGGUUUAAGAUGGGCAAGUACGCCAAGGCUUCUAAGAGAUAUGAGAAGGCUGCAAAGUACAUUGAGUAUGACAGCUCUUUCAGUGAGGAUGAGAAGAAGCAAUCUAAAGCUCUGAAAGUCAGUUGCAAGCUCAACAACGCAGCCUGCAAGCUGAAACUGAAAGAAUACAGAGAAGCAGAGAAACUCUGCACAAAGGUUCUGGAACUCGAGAGCACAAAUGUUAAGGCCUUGUACAGAAGGGCGCAAGCAUACAUCGAGCUUGCUGACCUAGAGCUGGCAGAGUUGGAUGUGAAGAAAGCUCUUGAAAUCGAUCCUGACAACAGGGAUGUUAAGCUGGUGUACAAGACCCUGAAGGAGAGAAUGAGAGAGUACAACAGACGGGACGCCAAGUUCUACGGCAGCAUGUUUGCGAAAUGGAGGACGCUUGAACAGCUGCAGAAGGUGCCCGGGAAGCAGGAGCCGCAACCGAUGGCCAUCGACAGUGCUGCAUAA